ACAGGGAUGGCGGGUGGUGUAGCCAUGUGGCCGGCUGUUGUCCCGACUGUGGUGGGCCUAGCUUUGCUCUUGUUCCUGGUCCCACACUCCCGCUGCCUGUCUCCCGAGGGUUACGGCGAGAACAAAUUUCGCGACGCUCAAAUGCUUCAGGACAAGGGGCAUCUAAAGGAACACGUCAAGGAGUUAUCUGAAGACGAUAUCAACAACAUGACCCCGGCGGAGAGGGAGUUUCAUUUCUUCAAGUCUCACGACAGCGACAAAGAUCACUACCUGGACGGGUUGGAGAUCAUGGCGGCGGUAUCCCACAAUUCCGACUACGACAGUUUCCGGCGCCCGGCUCCGGAGGGAGAGACGGCCGAGCAGGAGCGGGACAGGACCGACCGGGAACACCAGGAGAGGAUGACCGUAUUCACAGGUCUGGUGGACAAGAUCCUGUCUGAAGAUGACACAAAUAACGACGGCAUGAUCAGCUACAUAGAGUACGUCAUUUCCAGGAGAAGGGAGCCCGGGACUUAGACCAGAGAAGUAGUCCACAGAAAUCACUUGGCAGUGGUUCUUUAAAGGGGCAUUAUGUAACACUGGGACAACACAAAAGGCAAUUUUCUGGACAUUUCUUUAUGAAAUAAGUUGAAUCAGCCCUACUCUAUUGCAAAUAUGUGCCAUUCAGAAAGUGGAGGUGCUAAAAUCAUAGUAUAACACCUAAGCUUACGAGUGUGUUUAAAAGCUGUAAACAGCUGUCAGCCAUGUUUGUAUAUAG